AUGGACACUGCAACUUUCGAAGCCUUUGACUUCGGAUUCGAAACCCUUAGUUCGCGUACCUACGACGCCAUCAGCUCGGACGACCAUAACGUCCACUACGAGGUCAGCUGUCGAGCUGCAUCCUCCGGGUUUGCCGACCACAGGACUCCCGUGAUUCCCCCAGGCUACCGGCCGAUCCCAGGGUACGAAGCCUAUCGUCUGAUACAACAGGCUCGAGCACUCGCCGGUCCGAUUGCGGUGCGCCGGGGCUUGCCUCUCCCCGCCCCAAUUUGGACUGGUGGUGAUGCAAAGAGCGUUGGUCUGCGAUGGUAA